AAUCGGACGACCGACAGUGCUACGCGAACAGCCUUCUUGUUCGUGUCAUUCUGUUAAAAUUUUUUUUUAUUUACAUUUGUAUUUAUUUUUUAUUUCCAUUGUUUAGAUUAUAUAAAUACUCAUGGCACUUCUGGUGAUAAUGUAAUUAGUUUAAUUUAUUGUUAGCUUAUUAAAUACUCAUUAUUUACUUACAAGCGAUGAUAAGCUGAAUAUACAACAGAUUGCAUUGAGCAUUAAAGUUGCAUCGUAUCGAGAAAACCGGUAGACAAUCACGUAGUCCCUGGAUUCAGGAUCAAACGCCUCGGAAUUUUUUAAACAGAGUAGAGCAGAAUGGAACUGAUGGGUUGUGUGGGCAGAGAGAUGGUAGCUAAACCAGAGAGAUAGCGUUAGUUGGAAUUGUGUGGAGACUGAUACGUGAUACGCUCCUGGGGAAGUUCAACGGGCCCCGGGGACUGAUCGUGAUGCCAACCGCGACAAUCCAAUGGGCCCUUGCUAUCCUCUCGCUUGUGCUCGUUGACGCGUCUCCUCUUCAUCCUCUUCCGCCGCACGCAGGAAUUACUAAGCGGUCUUACAUUGGUUACUAUGAACCAGUCUCAUAUGACUCGGCUAUUUUACGAGAACAUCGGAACCGGGUCCGACGAGAUGUAUCCGAAGCCAGCAAGGUUCAACCAAUCGUUCUUCACCUUCGGACAUUUGAUAGAGAAUGGACAAUGAGACUUGUUCCCGACACUGUAUUUGCAAAAGAUGCAGUUUUUGAAGGAACAAAUGGACCAAUCGCUUUUGACUCUUCACACUCCUAUACUGGCACCGUUGCUGAGGACGACAAUGCUAUUGUGGAAGGAAUUGUGACAAAAGACGGUUUGUUUGAUGGAUCCGUUUCUACAACUUCUGAAGACUAUUACUUUGAACCAACUAGCAGAUAUUUAACAAGAACAGGAGAUUCUGAGAGUGAAGAAAAUACGUCACCUACUUAUCAUACCAUAGCAUACCGAGCAUCAGAUGUCGUCGCUCCACCUCAACCCAGCCGCUGUGCCAGCAAAGAAUUGCAUGAAGGAAAAUUAAAUAAAAAUAAUUCUAUUCAUCUAAGUGAGAAGAAGAAAAAUGAAUCAUUUGAGCCUUAUUUUGAGCAACUUCAGGACCAUGAAAUUCGUGAUAAUGGUGGAUAUUAUUUACGGCAACUUAAUCGAAGGUAUAUCAAUAAAGGAGGCUCCAAUAUACAAUUUAUUGAUGGGAUCAAUAGAGAUAGAUUUACUAGACAUUUACAUAAACGAGCCACCGUUGAUCCCCGUAAAACAACAUGUAUGUUAUAUCUGCAAGCUGAUCAUCAAUUUUUUGCCCGAUACGGUACCGAGGAAGCUUGCAUUGAAGUAAUGACAAGGCACGUGCAGCGAGUUAACUCUAUUUACAAACAUACAGACUUCAAUCAAGAUGGGAGACCUGAUAAUAUAAGUUUUAUGAUAAAACGAGUUAAAGUACACAAUGCAGAUGCGAUGAAGGAUCCGCAUUAUCGAUUCCCAAAUAGUUACGGAGUUGAAAAAUUUCUGGAACUUUUUUCAGAGGAAGAUUAUGACGCAUUUUGUUUGGCCUACAUGUUCACGUACCGGGACUUUGAGAUGGGGACACUCGGACUUGCAUGGACAGGCGAUUUAAAAAAUGCCGGCGGCGUUUGUGAAAAGAACGGACACUACAGAGGAAGUAUGAAGUCUCUGAACACUGGAAUCGUAACUUUACUGAAUUACGGGAAACACGUACCACCAGCUGUUUCUCAUGUUACUCUGGCACAUGAAAUUGGCCAUAAUUUUGGGUCACCGCACGAUCCAGAGCAGUGUACACCAGGUGGUGAGGAUGGAAAUUUUAUAAUGUUUGCUCGUGCAACCAGUGGUGACAAGCGUAAUAACAAUCGUUUUAGCCCGUGCAGUUUAAAUGCCAUAAAUCCUGUUCUAAAUACUAAAGCACGUUCGCCUAAAGGUUGUUUCACAGAACCUCAAGCGUCACUUUGUGGGAAUGGAGUCGUUGAAGACGGAGAAGAGUGUGAUUGUGGAUGGGAAGAAGACUGUCGUGAUUUGUGUUGUUUUCCUCAACGUCGUUACCCGCCGGCAGAAGAAAAACCCUGUACAUUAACGCCUAGAUCUAUUUGCAGCCCUAGUCAAGGUCCUUGCUGUACAACAGACUGUAAAUUAAAGUUCUCAGACAAGUGUCGUGAAGAUAAUGGUUGUCGAGACGCGAGUUUUUGCGAUGGUCGGUCACCACACUGUCCUCCGUCAAUCAAUAAACCAAAUAAAACAAUUUGUAACCGCGAACUGGUGUGCUUUAUGGGAGAGUGUACCGGUAGUAUUUGCCUAGCUUAUGGCCUAGAAUCUUGUCAAUGCAUUCCUGGUCCUAACGACUCACCGACUAAAGCCUGUGAGCUUUGUUGUCGUCUUCCUGGUGGUAAUCAACCUUGUUUAUCGUCAUUCGAUUGGAACUCGCCUCCGUAUGACAUUCCUGACAUGUUUUCAAAGCCGGGUACGCCGUGCAAUGAUUACAAUGGAUAUUGCGAUGUAUUUCAAAAAUGUCGAGAAGUUGAUCCAAGUGGUCCGUUGGCGACGUUAAGAAAACUAUUGUUAUCUGAUGAAAGUCUAGCUACAUUCAGAAGAUGGGUCAUUGACCACUGGUACGCAGUUGCUCUUCUUAUUCUCGCAACGAUAUCUUUACUCGUAGCAACGAUACGGUUCCUCGGGAAACGAUCGAACCCGAAACUCAAGUCAGUUACGAUAAUCCACAGUUCAACAACCGAAACAGUGAGAUUACCACCGGAGGGUGCGGAGGGGGUGACAGUCCACCCACCGGCUGUCAGGGCGAAACUUCCAUUAAAUCAAAAAGUGAGAGAGAAACGACGACAAAGCAAACAGAAGGAUUUGUUGACCAACAAUCCGACAAAUAAUAGUAGUAAUAACAAGACAGCAAAGAUCACAACCAUGAUGAGAAGAAGGAGCAAACAGCCACCUGAGUUGGCUAAAAAAAAGAAAAAAAAGAAGAAACGUGUUGUGCCAAUUGUUGUUGAAGAACCAAACCGUAAGUGUAUUGAAGUAUCAACAGCUUUACCUUCCAUUGCUGAUCAGCAAGUAGCUCCCAUACCCGAAGAGACUCCAACUAAAGUGUCUUCCAAGGAUGUUGGAUUGAAGAAGAAGCGUAAAAAGAAAGAAGUAAUAGAUUAUUCAAUGACACAAGCUGACGAGGAUAAUGAAGUUACUUCAAGUGAUAAUUCAGACCCCAAAAGUAAAGUCAGAUCUUGGCUCCUUGCGUCUCAUGGUCGAAUAGAACAAGCCAAUAUUGCAGCUUUAACAAAGAGCAAAUCAACACCAGUAGGCCUUGCCGGUUCUCCGGCAGUAACACCAAUGGUACGGACCACUGCUGCUGCUGCUGCUACUUCAAGAACACGACCUUUAAACUCUAAAAGGACAGCAGAUGCGAAGAAUCAACGGGUCAGCAAUUCUACAAGAGCUAAAGAUCCAACAAGUGAACGUGUCCGACUACAAAUUGUUUAUAAACCUCCAUUUAAAUUCAGUGUCAAAUUAAAAAAAACCGAUAAAGUUCAACAAAUAUCCAGUACUCGUAAAAAUACAAGAAGUUCUCAUCCCAGAACAGCAGUUCUCGUUCGAACGUCUAAUAAAAAAGAUAAACUCAGGAAAGGCCAACAAACAUCAACGUCUAAAGGAGUUAAUGCCACUGGUCGACCAACCGAGUCUUCCCACGCUGCCAACUCAGAUCUUCACACUGUUCCCUCUGACCUUGAGGUAUUAUUGUCAGAAAGUGAAUUUUUAUUUUCUGAUGCGUGACACUUGUCACCUAUCAUCCCACUGUGGAUGAAAAAAAAUUUUAUUGAAGGUGUAUAAUAAAUAAUAUAGCAAGGAUCUAUUUAUAAAUAUACAUAAGAUUACGUAUCAUAAUAAUAAUAUUAAUAAUAAUAAUUGUAAUAAUAAUUUUAUAAGCCAUGAGGAUAAGGAAAUGAAACGGAAGAAAGUCCUAUAACGAAUAGUAUAAUUACUAGUCUUUCGUGAAGUGAAUUCCUGUUAAUGAAUAUUUAUUUCAUUCAUUAUUUUUUGCUCAUUAAUAAGCAAUAUAUACUCAUAUUAUUUCUCGAUUUUAUUAUUUUU